AUGACUUCAGCUGAUACCAAUGGAAACAUUGAUCUAACCAUUUUUCGUCAAUACAUAUUUGAUACACCAAAUAAGCUCAAUUUCAACACCGAUAUCCAAAAAAACGACUUCAUUUUAGGGUUUGCCAGUGAAGACUACAUAGAAGGAAAAGGCACAGGGAAUUUCAAACCCACUUGGAACGGUAAUGAUCUCAGUCUUGAAAAUCUAAAAACAUUCAAGGAUAACAAUCCACAAGUGAGGGUGAUGAUAAGCAUCGGAGGCGUUGGGCAUGAAUUUCCAUUCAAUCCAUUCCAUAAAGAUACAUGGGUUGUCUACGCUGUCAACUCGAUCAAACAGAUCAUUGUUCGUUACAACCAAAUCCAUAAAUCUCAAAACCUGAUUGAUGGUAUUGAUAUACACUAUGAUGUAAUCAAAACAGAGGAGAAUGAUUUUACCAACUUUGUUGGUGAAGUUAUAAAGCAACUAAAGAAUGACGCACCUUUGGCCAUCAAAGUGGUAUCAAUUGCUCCAACAAAACUAGUUGAAUCUUACUAUGAAAAAUUGUAUUCGGAAAACAAAGAGAUCAUUGACUUAGUUGAUUAUCAAUUCUACAAUCAAGAAUUCUCGUCAGAGGAUGAAGUUGUUGAACUCUAUAAGAAACUAGUAGUUACCUACACUCCUUCUAAAGUCCUAGCAGGAUACAAGAAUCCUCCUGACCCUCUAGUUAUGGGGGCCAUCAACUAUCUCAUUAAAAACAAAUUAAUCCCUGGAGUUUUUUAUUGGAAUCCUAAACACUCUACCACUGCCUCCAACUCUUUCUUUCUAGAGAAGAUGCUCCUAGCAGAUCAAAAAUCCUAA